AUGCAAACUCUGAAAUUCAGGGAAGUGCAACUAAUGAGGAUGGCGGAGCUAAGAAAGAAGCUGGAUGCAGCUGAAAAGGUGGAAACCUGCCGACGAAUUCGCUCAGGGCAAAGUCCCGAGUCUUACAAACGCGUAAGAUCAAGUCGAAGUCUAAGCAGAGGACGACAACACUCAUCAGAAAAGCAACGACGGUAUUCAAACAGCCUCGAUGAUAAAGAAAUAGUGCAGAAGAUUGAAAGUGAACAUGUUCAACCAGUUGAUUACGAUCCAAAGGAUCCGUACAGUCGACUUUCGGCAAAUAUCAAGCGUUUUCAAUACCUGCAUAGGCUGGAUGAUCCUACACUAUGUACUUACAAGGAGAACCUCAAAAAACAACUUCUUCGUUUGGAGCGGUUUCGCGAUGUUUCGUUCGGAAUUCAUUCCGUGGCUCGCCAUCCACUUGUCCCACAUCAGUCGUGGUUCUUUCGAAGGAGCACGCUCCUAUCUAUUGUCUGCAGUGACUUUUCAUCCACGUAUGCUGCGUCGUUAAGGAGUAGCAAUUCGACACGUGGUCGCAAGUCCCACCAAUCUCCUCGUUCGACGGCAAACCAUUCCCAUGAUAGUCGGACCAGUUGCCCUCCAUCAGGAAGAAAACGAAAAGGUAUUUUAUCAUUCCUAUAUCUGUGUAAUGAAGUCUCUUUGCUUUCAAAAACUUGUCUUAUGCGGAAAUAA